UCAAUUCAAUGCCCUAACCUUAUUCCUAAUCCUAAUCUCUGAGUAACCAAUCUAUAGUUCCUAACCCAAUCUUAACUCCUAUCAUCAUUAUUUAUUAUUAUUUUUAUUUAGCCUAGUAAAAAUUUUAUUAUUGGCAAAUUUACUGAUUUUUGGCCGUUGUCUAUUCGAUUUUUAUGAGAAAAUUUUAUAAUGAUACUCUGAAGUCUGAACACUGAACAGUGACAGUGGAGUAAAUGAAAUGAAUACCUCCUAACCUAAGUCCUAACUUAGUUCAGGUUUGUUUGUUGCUUGAGCUUGAGGAGGUUACAAGCAACGAAUUUGUCAAUGGAGCCAGAAAAGCCUGAUCCCUCUGACUGUUGCGGAAGUGGAUGUUCACCAUGUGUGUUUGAUAUUUAUGAGCAGCAACUUAAGUCUUGGAGGGAGAACCUACUGUGGGAAAAUGCAAACUGUAGAAGAGAUCUGCUGUCAGAAACUCGUUUCAAAUCUUUUCAACUGAUACACAAAGAACGAUUGACUGAGGAUGUUUAUCUAUACAAGUUCAGGCCAGAGGAUGACUCUGGGAGCAUACGUGAGACUUGUGGGUUCCUUCCCUAUGGAAUAGGACAACAUUUAAUUACCCGAAUUAAUUUUAAACAAGAGAGCCAAGAAAUUAACCCGAUGUGGGACACUGAAUUUAACAGUUCUGAAACGUCAAGUAUAAGUGAUAAAAAAAUAAUCACUCGAGCAUAUACACCAGUGAGUUUGACAAAUGAAGAACCUAACUGUUGUUUUAAAAUAUUUGUAAAAAUAUGCAACAAUGGGUUAGGUUCAGAAUAUUUCAGAAACUUGCAAGUUGGUGACAUAUCACUCUGGAGAGGACCUUAUGGGAAUUUUAAUUAUAAAUCAAAUUUCUUCAAAUAUAUUCUGAUGGUUUGCAUUGGUACAGGACUUGCUCCAAUGAUUCCAAUUGCUAAAUGUAUACUAAAUGACGAAAAAGAUGAAACAAUUUUACAUUUAAUGUAUGGUGUUAAAAGUGAAGACCAUAUUAUAAUGAGGGAUAGUUUAAGGAAAAUGUCUCAGUUCUGGAACUUUUCACAUGAAUACUUUUUCUCUCAAUGCAAUGAUAGGAAAUUUCACAUGAAAUUUGGAGAAAGUUUUAAAAGUAAAAGAAUCGAUGGAAGUUCAGUUAGUGAUUUUUUUCAGGGAAAAAAUUUAACUCAUUUACAGGUUUUGAUAUGCGGCAGUGAAGGUUUUACAUCGUAUAUGUUAGAUCAAAUAUCUAAAUUAGGUAUUGAUUCAGAAAAUAUUUUUACAUUUUGAUAAUAUAUCUAUAUACUUAAUACAA